CUGGACCGCGCAGGAGGGAGACUGGAUUUUCCUGUCGACUCUUCUCUGUUCCGGUGUCUGCUCAGCUCCGCCGACCACCAUGGUAAGAAACCAGAGACCCGAGAGGAGGGAGAGGAAACGAGGAACGCAAUGUGUCUGUUUCAUCUCCGAGGAUCCGGGUUUUUGUUCCCGGCGGAUGACGAUGAAGGACAGAAGAUGGAGAUGAUUAUUCAGAGCAAAGGCAAACCUGUCCUGCUCAGCCACAGUCACCUGGAUUUAUGCACCUGA